CGACGUUCGAAAAUAUCAGUCGCGCGCUGACCGUCAUAUUGAACGCACUGCGCAUGCGUGAACCUCACCAACGGACUAACUUCGAAACAACGUAAAUAAACAAGUGAUUAUCUGUGCCUUAAAUCCGAAUUCUUUUGUGUGUGUCUAUUUUUAAUUGAUAUUGCGAUCUUUAUUCGAAUACAAUUAACAUUUUGUUACGGAAAGUGCCAAUUUGUGCUACGAUUUUGCGAAUUAAUCAGAAGUAAUGCGCGGACUGGACUGAAUAAAAUUAAAAAUGCAUCUACAAACUGUUUUAAUAUUAAGCGCUAUUUUCCUUUGCAACGCGAAACUGCCGCGGUUAAGACAACACGUUCCAGAGCUACCACAGUAUCUCGCACAGAAUUCUCACAGCUCAAUACGAGAAGAGCUAACAAAGUAUCUCGCACAGAAUUCUCACAGCUCAAUACGAGACGAGUUACCAAAGAAUCUCGCACAUAAUUCUCAAAGCUCAAUACAAGACGAGCUACCACAGUAUCUCGCACAGAAUUCACACAACUCUAUAAUAGAGAGGAGAAAUGAGAGAACAAAUCGAAUAGUCGACCAAUACAGAACAAGGCAUCGAAGGGAAUCGUUCAAUUCGCGUUCAUAUGAAUCCGGUUUGGUAUGGGCGCACACAGAGAGGUUGGACGAUAGCGGAGAUGUGAUUUUGCGGUGGGUGAACACAGAUUCGAGUAUUACAUUCAGAUUGGAGGCGAGGACCCGUGGUUACGUGGGCUUAGGAUUCAAUUCGGCGAGGAAUAUGAGAAAGGCGGACUUGGUCGUGGCCUGGGUGGACGACACGCAUGGCAACGCACAAAUUCUGGACUGUCACGGACUUGCGUUUGAAGACCGAGCGGUGGCUGACGAGGUGCAGAACUACGAGCUGAUAUCAGGCUUCCAGAACGACACACACACUACCGUGGAGUUCAGGCGUCAGUUGGACACUUGUGACAAACAGGACACUGUUAUUGGUGAAGACACUCUUCAAGUGCUAUGGGCGCUAGGGCCAGAAGGUUCGGAUGGUCAACUGCCCAGACACGUCCAAAGCGGGUCCCGACCUCUAAGGCUGUUGCAGCCGUUAGCUAAACCUGACUCCAUACCACUGAAACACUGGGACGUUAGAAUAUCCAAUUUCACCAUACCCCACGUGAUGGCAACACUAUUCUGGUGCAAAGUGUUCAAAGCCCCAGAGCUGACGAGGAAGCAUCACAUAGUCGGCUACGAGCCCCUGAUAGACAGCCGACCUAUCAGGAGUGGGAUACCAGUGAUGGAGAAGAACAGUCUGUCUCCAGUGCACCAUAUGGUACUCUACGAGUGCAACGAGGACCACGAUAAGAGGCAGUGGAACAAGUGGUCGGAGAGUGAGGGGUUUCUUGGACCCAGUAGGCCUGGCGAGCUGGCUACUUGCGCCACCCCUAUUGCUGCUUGGGCUAUGGGGUCGAAAGGUGAAUUCCUGCCUGAAAACGUCGGUAUUCCGUUAGGCGAGAAGGGAGGCGUCUCAUACUACAUGCUUGAAGUUCAUUAUGACAAUCAAGAACUACAUCAAUUUUUGGAUAACUCGGGCAUCCGCAUCCACUACACGUCAUCGCUGCGCGCCCACGAUGCUGCGCUUCUGGGCGCCGGCGUGGGCGUCUCCGCACUGCACAUGAUCCCACCCAAGCAGCGCGCAUACAGCACUGUGGGCAUCUGUAGCCCUGAAUGCACCAACAACACCAUGCCAGAGGAGGGAAUCAAUAUUGUAUCCGUUCUGCUACAUGCCCACGGCACUGCGCGGAAGAUUUCGUUGAAGCACAUCCGAGGCAAUGAAGAGCUUCCCAGAAUAUCUGAGGAAAAUAAUUACGAUGCCCGAUAUCAACAAUCCCGGAUCGUUCCCGGUGGUAGGAGGUUCUUCAAAGGCGACACUUUGAUCACUGAAUGCACGUAUGACAGCAGUUCCAGGGAUAAACCUAUCCUGGGUGGAUAUUCUGCUACACAGGAAAUGUGCUUGUCCUUCGUGCUGUACUACCCUCGGACCGAGUUAGCGGGCUGCUACUCCAUGACUCCAGUGGUCGAGUUCUUUGAAACGUUCGGCGUUAAAGAGUUCUACGGCCUCAACAUGAUGGAGGUGGAGAAGAUUUUCUUGUCUUCAGGAACUUUAGAUAGUCUACCUCCGCAACUGGAAGCCAAUAUAAGGGAGCACAGUGUCGACGGAAUGCAAGGCGAUGACCAAGGAGUGGGCUUGAUGAAGGGCCUGGUGAUCAAAGACCCGCCCGAGUUCCGCAACAAGACGUUCAUGGCGCACCUCAACGAGAUGCCGUGGGUGGAGCCGCUGCUCACCGAGCAGAUCGAGAAGACGCUGUCCAAGGGCUGGCACAUGACCUUCUGCAAGAGGAGAGACGACAGCUGGGGAGCGCCCAUCCAGAUACAGAAUUACCCGAACUUCACCGAAAUAACGCGAAACGAAGCAUCAGAGAAGUCUUGCAACUACAAAAGUGUUAGGCUACCCUCAAUGACGACCACUGGCGGCACAGCGUCAAGGAAUACCCUCGCGGCAGCCAUCUUGGCUGUAUGCAUACCGAUCAUUGUCUUGCGGUAAAAAAAAUACCGUAUAAAAAGGAACCGGAACCAAUGAUACUGUUGUUUUUAUUUUUGAAAUUUUUAUUAUUGCCAGAGGUUAUUCUGUUAUUUUGAAUUUUUCAUGUACACUUUUUGUGUAACAAUAGACUUUUUUUAGAUAUAUGAUUUACGUUUCGACAUACUCUUUCUUUAGUGAAGAAAGUUAUUUGUUUUAUUUAAGUAUGUACGUACUCGUAUUUGCUACGUUUUGUGUUGUGAUUUUGCGAUGUGUUUCUUUUCUACGAAAAGAUAUCAUUUUUUGUUAUAUUUUUAUUUAAUCCAGGUCAAUGCAAAGGUGAUUUUUUAUGGGCAAUUAUUUUAUGAGAAUAUUUUGUGUACCUCUUUCAGAAGUGGGAUGAUGAUUAUUGUUCUCGGAACACUUUUCAGAUGACAAUAUGGUAUUUCGAUUUCUACAGUAGUAUAAUUAAUAAUACACACCAGUUAAUAAAAAAUAGUGUGGGUAACGAAAAAGUAUAUCGAUAACUUAGUCAUUCGGUAUUGACUCAAGGGUUUUUUUUCAUAAAGUCAUAUUAGCAUAUACAAUUUUUUAUGUGUGUGUACACAGUACAGUAUUAUAAAUAACACUUUAGAGAUCCAGUAUUAAAAUUGAAAUAACAUGCCUAUAAAAAAUCAUCUAAUAAUUGAUAAGUGAAAACAAAAAGGUUGCUUUUAAUUUUGUAUACAUUGAAUUUUGAUAUAUGGGUGAAUGUGUGAUCUUUGUACUUAGUGAGUUUUUGCUCAUUUAAUUUCAACAUAAUUGAUCAAUCCGCGUGAUGUGUCCGUCAGUAUAUAGGUACUAUAUCACCUAUAUACCUGUGUAAACACAAAGUAUCAAUCGAGUAUUGUUGGAGCAUUUGUGUACUCAGUCUAAGUCAGUUUUGUGAAAACGUCAUUCGAAACAGUGCUACAAAAUGGCUUAUUUUGCAUUUUUGUGAAAUUUAAAUCUAUUAUUUUUUUUCAUUUUGGUCGUAAAUAGUACAUAAACGCUCUUACAUUGCUUUUCUUGUAUCGUACGCAAACAUGUCGCGCGAUUUGUCAAACUGCCGACGCGACGAACGCUGUCAAACAACGCCCGUCAGAAGGCGACGUGUGCACGCGUCGAAUUUCAUCGCGUUCGUCGCAGGACAUUCCGUUCAAACUGCAUCGCGUUUGUCGCGUUUGACAUUUUACAUAGGACAAUAUGUUUCUCUUAAGUUGUUCUUGGAAGUUGGACUUUUAAAAACUGAAUGUAUUGCAACUACAAUAAGUGAUGAACGAUACCAAAAGUAUGGUAUUAAUGUACUUUAUAAUUUUUGUAACUAUUUUAAGGAUACAAUUCCUUUAGUGUUUGUUUAUUUUUUAAUCGUGUAACGUAUAAUUUCCAACGAAAACAACGUUUUAGACGUUUUGUAUUGAAGAAGUUCCUUACAACUUUUUAGGUUGAUUUGAAAGUUGCUUUUUUUUUAAACCAGUGAGAGGCAAAACAAUAAGAUUUUUUUUUUUUCAGUAUAAAAAUACUUGAAAAACAUAAUUCAGUCAUUAUUCUGAUUUUGGUUCAUUAAAAAUGAUAACCAAUAAAUAAUUAAAUAAUUUAAUGUAUUAUAUUAUUAUUUAAGUAUCGAUAUUAUUCAUAUGAGACACGAACAACCCUUUUUACUCUGUAUAUAUAAAUUGUAAGAUAUACAUUCAAACUAGGGCUGUGCUAAAUAAGCUCCUUAGUGAACCUAUUUUUGCAACGAUUAUGGUAUUUUGAUAGAAUUUUUAUAGUUUUUCAGUAACUUAUGGUGUACGUAAGGGUAACUAUAGCGAUUCAUAUGAUAUAAUAAUAUAUAAACUGCCAUUUAUCUUCCUAAUUCAUAUAAUAAUUUACUAUGUAUUAAUCUAUGGAUUUCCUAAGUACCUAAACAUAAAAACAACAAUAAUUCGAUAUAAUAAUAAUUAUUAUUAUCAUUGAUUAUAGUGUUGUUCAUAUAGCAUGGCUACGAUGACAGUUUUACACUGGAAAGUUUGCCGCGAUUCACGAUAACGGUACGUAUUAUGAACGUCAUAAGGCAGCUGUCCCCGUACCCAUGCUAUCUGAAAAACACUUUAAUUGCAUUUAAAAAAAUGAUUCCAGAUAAAGUAAUACGUAAAGUGUUUCUUUUUUUAUUUACCAUUUUUUAAGGUUUUUGAAUUAACUUCAUUUCAUUAGAAAGAAAAAAUGUAUAUUCAGAAAAAAAAAAUAUUUUGAUGAUUAAGUUUUUAUUCAGAUUUAUAUAAACCAUUUUCUGAUUAACACAGACAGAUUGUUAUGAAACAUAUUAUAGCGUAUUAGAGAUACUCUUCACAGUUAAGGUCAGCGUCAACGGACGGAAUAGUAGUGAUAACUUGAUAAGUGACCUCUAGUUUAUAAGUGACGUCUAUACUAAUAUUAUAAAGCUGAAGAGUUUGUUUAUUUGCUUGAACGCGCUAAUCUCAGGAACUACUGGUCCAAUUUGAAAAAUUAUUUCAGUGUUAGAUAGCCCAUUUAUCGAGGAAGGCUACAGGCUAUAUUAUCUCCGCAUUCCUACGGGAACGGGAACCACGCGGCGUCAGCCAGUUUGAGAUAAUAACGUAAACACCUAUCUUUAUUGUCAAAGGUAAACACCAACAAGCGGUUUCUGUCAAAUAUUUACUGUCGAAUACUAUUUUGUACAUCCUACAAUUUCACCCAAAGUUGGUAGACAAACUAUUAUUAUUACAAACUUUUAUGGACAGUAUUAAUUAUGCAAAAACAAUUUUCAAGUUGAAUUUAUAUUCUUACUAAGGCAUCAUUCGCACGAGAGUUUUUUUAACGGAAGUUAAUUAUGCGUUCAACAAAUGCAUUCCUAAGUAGGUAUAUGAUCACACGACAGCGUUUUUAAAAUUCGACGCUUUUUUUCGAGCGGUGUUGAAUUUCAAUUUUGGGCGUUGCAAAUAGACCUUCAUUUAACUUCAUACUAUAUUUGAACAAAUGCAUUCUUAAGAAUAUGUUUACACGACAGCGUUUUUAAAACACGACGUUUUUUAUAGAGCUCUAUUGCGUGUUCAAUUUUGUGCGUUGGAACUUGGAAAUUUAUUUAUUUAAAUUAAGUCAUAGAUAAAAUGUCAUAAUUAUUACAAAUGGAACCCUGAGAGGGUGUUGUAACUACAAAGUAUAAGUAAAUUAACUUAACUUAACUUAACGUAAGUAGAGAGGUGAAUUUAUUGUUUUUCGGUCAAAAAGUCAUUUAUUUUAUAAUAUACUUUUUCAAGCAAAAAGUUUUUUAUUGUUGUUAAAAAGUCACAAAUGUUUUCGUUUUGCUUCAUGCUUUGCGGUAAUUUAUUAUAUAUUUUAAUGCACAUUUUGUGCGGGCCAGUACUGUGCAUUUUUAAAUUUUGACUUCGGCUGUACUAAAUUAGACAAAUAGUUACAUGUGACUUAAAUGAAUAAAUAAAAUAGACCUUCUUUUAACUUCAUACUAUACGCUACGCUCGCCAACUCUGGAUUUUACCGCAGCGCUUUUUUAACUCUCGUGCGAAUGACGCCUUAGUCGGUUUGCUGCCAUACCGUCCGUCAACGCUGACCUUUAGGAGCUAAGUUAGCGCUAAUUGGAUCUAGCUCUCUACUAUGGUCUGGUCUUCUGGUUUUUCUGGUCGCUAUAUAGUUACGCCUAUAUAUAUAGGGUCCGGGGUUGCAGAAUUAGGUGUAAGUUUUGAUUCCCGAGUCAUUCUGUUAGAUGUAAUUAAUGCAUUUUGCUAUUUUUAAUUUAUACCUCCCUAAGGUCUAGCUGUAAGAAUACGCUUAGUAUUAAUUAAGGUUAAUUUAUUUAAAAGUCAAUAUAAUGUGUUUUAUUACCUUGAAAA